ACCUCCCGAAAUCGGAAGUCUCAAGGUUGGCAAGUAUGCAGGUGUGUGUGGGGCCGCGAUGUCGGGUUUAAGGUGGGAUGGGAUGCUUGCCCUUAAGUAGUCAGAGGCCCCCGAGUUUGGUACUACAGCCCCUGUAAGUUGACAUUUGACACACUUUCUCUCCGUCCGCCACAUCUGGACGAUACCCACACAACAUGCAGGCAAACGUAAACGCCACAUUUGUGGGCGUGGCUUUGGCUUUGUGUGCAUUUGUUCAAAAAGAGCUUUCGUAUUCCAGCAAGGUUUGUGUUGUCCCUCUCUUUGUGUCAACGUGGUCAGUGCCGCACUUUUCAUACAGGCCCACUUUCUUCUCACACGCAUUGUUUUCCUUUAUAAAACCAUUUAUUUGAAGGAAAAUGUGCCUCAAGUUGAGAGAUGGAUUGAAGAAAAAGGCUGCUCCCCUGCAAUCUUUGCCAGCUUUACCCCUUCGAGGGAUUAGCGUUUAGCGUCACGCUCCAUGGGGAAGGGGGGGGGCUAAUAAAUACACAUGUGUGCAUUCCUCACCCCCUACUCUCUAAACACGCAGUGACGCUGACCUAAUGUUCUUGUCAUGGAGCACCUAGAAGUUUUUACCACGGCUUCAAUAGCAAACAAAAUAAAAUAAAAACAAAACAAGCAACUUCUCUCUUCAUACGGCGAGCAGCAGACGGUGACACUACACGCCCCAAACACAUACAUUCCUUAUUUUUAAGCAUAUAAAAGUGUGAUGGUGCCUUGAAGCAUGUUGAGAAAGAGAGCAGAGGGAAUAAAUAGUGCUCAGCGCCAUGUGGGAUUGAAAGGGGGAGGGAGAGGCACCAAGGGGAGAACAAGAGGGGAUGUUGAGGAGAUUCUUUGCACAGUCAGAGCACAAGACCAGGCAACGGGAGGAGAACGUGAACACAAGACCAGGCAACAGCAGGAGAACGUGAACACAAGACCAGGCAACGGCAGAAGAACGUGAACACAAGACCAGGCAACGGCAGGAGAACUUAAACACAAGACCAGGCAACGGCAGGAGAACGUGAACACAAGACCAGGCAACGGCAGGAGAACGUGAACACAAGACCAGGCAACGGCAGGAGAACGUGAACACAAGACCAGGCAACGGCCGGAGAACGUGAACACAAGACCAGGCAACGGCCGGAGAACCUGAACACAAGACCAAGCAACAGCAAGAGAACCUGAACACAAGACCAGGCAACGGCAGGAGAACUUGAACACAAGACCAGGCAACGGCAAGACAACGUGAACACAACAAGACCAGGCAACGGCAAAGGAACUUGAACACAAGACCAGGCAACGGCAAAAGAACCUGAACACAAGACCAAGCAACGGCAAGAGAACCUGAACACAAGACCAGGCAACGGCAGGAGAACUUGAACACAAGACCAGGCAACGGCAAGAAAACUUGAACACAAGACCAAGCAACGGAAAGAGAACGUGAACACAAGACCAGGCAACGGCAAGAGAACUUGAACACAAGACCAGGCAACGGCAAGAGAACGUGAACACAAGACCAGGCAACAGCGAGAGAACUUGAACGCAAGACCAGGCAACAGCGAGAGAACGUGUGGAAAAAGAGUGAAAAGUGGAACCCUCCAUCACAGACAUGACAUCACUACAUGUGCUUCUCCUUGUUCUGAUGAGUUGGCCUGGCCUCCACGCCGAGGGCGCUUCCACUUCUCCUCCCAUCACGCGUCCACGGAUCACAUUCAUCACAGACUUCGGUGCAGACGAUUACGAGGACUAUUACGACGAGGACGAGCAGGCCAGCCGGGUGCCGCCCGUGGUUCUGGCCACCACCAGGACUCACUUCCUUCAGCGCGAGCUCUGCCCGUUCAACCCCUGCUCGGAGCAGCAGGUGCCCUGUGCCCAGCUGGCGGACACCAGGGGUUGUCUCUGUCCUGGCGUCAGCGGGCCGGACACGCCUCCGCAUGCGCCGCGAGUCCAAGCCCUGGUGCCAAUCAGGGAGGGGGACAACCGGGGCAAGGUGGAGGUGCAGUGGUGUUCUCCUUCUUCCGUGGUGACUCAGUACAAGGUGGUGGUGGAAGGAAGAGACGGACAAGUCCUGGAAUUUGGCAACGCUUUCCGACGAAGUCCGGUGGGGUUUCUGGAAGCAGGAACAAAGGUCUGUGUGGAGGCGGUGAACAAAGCCGGACACAGCACACCCUCCCAGUUCUCCUGCCAGCGCUAUGAUCCUCCGUCUUCAGACUUCAACAUAUUGGCAGCCAUCGUCUGUGGAGGAGUCGCCCUUCUGCUCCUCGUCUCGGCCAUCAUCUUCUGGAGAUGUUGGACCAGCAAAAAGGCAAAGAGAGACUCGGCCGAUGGACUUGGUAACCCUUCAUAUAACAAGGAAGAGACUCUGUGAGAUACACUAGGAGAGCUUAUUUACCAUAGAGAGGUGCCAAGAACUAGACAAUCUUAGGGGGUUACAACUACAUGUUUUUGCGGGCAAAUUGACUAAUGUAGAUUCCUAGACGUUUUUUGGAAAUAUUUUGUGAUAUAAAACUUUGGUAAUAAAAUGAGCCUAUUUGGAUCAAUACAA